AAUUCAGUAUUUGAAAAUUCUGUGGUGAAAAUGGUUGCUGUGCUCAAAGAUUUCUAAAUUACCUCCUAGAUUGUAGUGAAAACAUCGAAAUUCUUUAGUAGACAUGACUGAAAAGGAGAUUACGAUGGAAGACCUAGAAGAAACGGUGAAACAAACGGAUGAGCAGCUUGACCUGAUGGCGUGGAAGCUGGAAGAUGGUGACAAACAGCUGGUGGUACCGGUGGACAACCAGGAGCAGUGUGUCAUGAACUUGCUCAAAUCUGUCUCCGAGGUGCGGUCAGAUUACCAGCAGCUGCGGCGUGAGCUGGUGGAGGUGCAGGCGUUGCAGCGCGAGCUGUCAAGCAAGCUGCGCUCGCAGCUGCGCCUCGUGCACGGCAAGUUUGCGCGCCUGCGCCAGCGCCUCGCCGCGGUCUCACCCCAGCGCUGAACCGACCAACAUGAACCUCUCAUGUCACUCAGUACCUUGGUGACGUUUUACGGUGCUAAUUUAAAAGUUGCUGGUAAUACUUAUUGAUGUUUUAUGACAACUUUGACCGUCUCGUAAAUAAAAAUAAUAAUGGUCAAAGUUGAAGAAUGAUUCACAUAAAGUAUUAAUUUCUGGGUAUUUACAUAAUCGGCUACUAUACAGAUGUUUCGUUAGCUGUUCGAUUUGUUCACAAUAUUGUUACUUUGUAGAAAUGUAAAAUAUGUAUUCAGGGCCUGAAAUUUGAGGCAUUCAUUAUUAAUGUUAAAUUGUGGCCUAGAGUUGAAUGAAGUUCUAAAGAAAACGGUUCUAAAUUAAAAUCGAAUUGUUAUGUGUUACUGA